GACGGGAUCGGCGACGGGAUGGGCGACAGGAGGGCGACGGGAAGGCGACAGGAUGGGCGACGGGAGGGCAACGGGAGGAUGCCGAAGCACGGUUGCGAGAGUGUCAAGAAACAUUAUGAUGACUUGGGUUCCAAUGGCCCAGUGCACAAAGGAAACAGGAACAGGAAAUGCAAAUAUUGCGAGAGGAUGGUCGUUGGGACUAUGAGCAGGGCCAAGAAGCACUUCCUCGAGAACACGUGCAAUCCUGGGCGGUUGAGGGCGACCUUAAGCAAAGAGGAGUUGCAGGAGAGGGAGAGGGGGAGGAAUGUCGCAAUUACAGAGCUCAGGGGGGUUGGUGCACUGGCUGAUGUAUCAUCCGGAGAGGAUGAGUGGGAGGCAACUGAGGGGGAGACACCGAAGGCAGCAACAAGGAGUACUAUGGGGGCAUCUUGUUCAAAGACAGAGAUGAGGCAAUCCUUAAUCACGGACAGCGCCGCGAUCGUGACGAAGAACGAGGAGACGCAGCGAUCGAUCGAUGAUUGGAUGACUGCACACUGUAUCCCCUUCAAUAUGAUGAAGAGCGAGGAAUGGGAUAACAUGGUGAAGGCGUUGAUGAACGCCCACGAGUCCUUCACGUACGUGAAGUACGAGAAGGCAAGGACCACUCGUGUGGAGGCCAGGAAGGGGAGGGUUGCAGCAAGGGUGGAGGAACUGCGCCGGCAGUGGCCUUCCACCGUGUGCGCAACUGCAGGACGCAUGAUCGAGGCCGAGUUCCUGCAUAUCUUCUCAAUCGGUUGCACUGCACACAACAUCGACUUGAUGCUGGAGGCUUUCACGAAGAUCGGAUGGGUUGAUGAUGCAAUCAAGCGUGAGGUGGAAGUUGCGAAGCUCUUCACGAAUCAUACAUGGGUCAGGGACCUGUUGCUAUCAAAGUCUAACAGGGAGAUUGUGGCAAAACCGGGGGCAACCCGGUUUGCCACAAAUUUCAUCAUGUUGGGCAGCCUUCAGCGACUGUACCUUCCUCUUCGUUCUUGUUUGGUUGAUGCAGCUUGGAAGGAGAGCAUCGUGCUGCCCAUACAGCGGCAUCUAUUCCAUGCUGCAACCGAAUGCAUCCUCGACAACUCGUCUUCGUCCGGUGUGGAGAAGGUAAUAGAGACCUCGAAGCCCUUGCUCGGUCUCCUGAAGUUUGUGGAUGGCGACGGCCCCACAAUCAGCAAGAUCUAUGGCCGCAUGGACAACUUGGUGGAGAAACUCAGAGAGAACGAGGUCUUCACAGGAAUGGAGAAGGACGAGUUGGAGGCGAUCAUAAUGCGGCGCUGGAAUGCCAUGACAUCACCAGUGCAUUGUGCAGCAAUGUUUUUGGACCCUGAGUUCAAAGCCAGCAAGUCGGGGCAAGAUCUGGAGGUUGCAGACGGGUUCUGGACGUGGGUAUACUCUUGGUGCAAGCGGCCGAUGUACAAGGCGGUGGACGAGGAGGUCAACAAUUGGAUCGACGGUGUCGGGAAGUUCAGAUGGAAUCAGCAUCUGUUGAAGAAGUUGACCAAGAAGCCGAAGGCCGGCGAGGAUGACCUUUUGUGGGAGGAGGAUUUGGACCUCGAAAAGAAGGAGGUCACUGCAGAUGCUGCAAUGUGCGUGGACGAAUGGCGCUCGCAUGUUCGCGAGCUGAAUGAGGGGCGGGAGGACAGUGACGAUGAUGAUGCUGAGGAGGAUGACAACGAUGAGGAUGCUGUCGAAGAGGAGGAGGAGAGAGAGAGAGGUACGGGGCAAAUGGUGCGCACAAGGAUUGAGAGCGAUCUCUUGGAGCUUGAGACACAGCUCAACGAGUCAUGGUGGAAAUCGACAAAGGUGUCGAAGUACUUGGCUCGACUGCAUGUGGGGGAGUUGCAGCAGGCCAUGAAGACCAUGGGCGAUGCGCAUGCCGAGAAAUAUAUGGCUUCUUGUCCGAAGGCAUCUGCGUUGCCACCAAAAACCGUCAAAUGUGGACCAGGAAGACCUCGGAAGGUCGUGGAGGAAGCUGCUGCAAUGGAGGAGAGCGGUGGGGGGAAGGAGACUGUUGAGGAGGGGGGGGCAACAACAAAACGACCACCAGGCAGACCACGGAAGGCCGUGGAGGAGACCAGUGCAACGGAGGAAAGUGGCAGGGCGGAUGACAAUGCAGCGGAAGAGGAAGCCUGCGAUUCUGAUGAACAACCUCUUCAUUGCGGAACGCGGCGCAGGCAUUCAAACCAUGAAGGGGUAGUGGGGGCUAGAGCCGGUGUGCAGCAGUGUUUUUAACAGGACCGGUAGAUCUGUUGAUUCUGUUGUUGAACUUGUCGAAGUUGUCGGUAACGCGAAUUCUGAGAACAGUUGAAGAUGUUAAAUGUUUGUUAAUCAUUUAUGAAAUUCAUUUCUGAAAUUGUGUAGUCCCGUGUGUGUGUGUUUGUGUGUGCAUGCGAGUCCAAAAUUCGUUUUUGAAAGUGUGCAGUCCCGUGUGUGUGUUUGUGUGUGUGUGUGUGUGCAUGCGAGUCCGCCGAAGUCCACUCAAAUGUCAAAUACUCAGCACCAAACUCUUCAGCAACCAUAGAUGGAAACCAAUCAACAUGUUUCCAUGUG